AUUGCUUUGCGAGCUGCUUUGAGUCCAAUGAAGGAAGAUGAAGAAGUACUUCCGGGGGUUUUCUCACGUUCUCCUGUACCUUCGGUAACGAGCCUCUCCUAUUCCUGGACAACAUUUAUUUAUUCUGUUACUGUAGGUCCUGAUGCCUGGCUUGAUCUGUUCAGCGUUACCAGGCAGGUUGAGGUCCCACCUCCUGUCCUGCAUAAGAGGGUCAUGCCAGCAAUUUUCACUUCCUUUGUGUUCUGGGGUGCGACCUUCUGCAUCCAAGCUCAUAAAUCUCCAUCAAGGCUGCCGUGGAAUCCUUACUCCCCAAAUCACAGCCUGCGUCAGGUGCUCAGAUUUGUCCACACAGAAAUACGACGUGAUUUAUAAAUUCCCACACAUUAAGCUCUUCAGAGCCGUGUCCAGGCUAAAAUUACUCCAAACUGGGCUCACUGUGAUUAUCCUCCCACCUGUAUACAUUCUGUAUCUAAUGGGAGAUGCCCCGCUCUUUCUUGUCAACUACUCGACGGGAAUGGCUCUGUUUGCUGGUGUCAUGUUGUACACGGCUAGCCACUUCUUCAGGAGGGUUGUGGGAAUGAUGUACUUGGAUUCAUCCCACAACACGCUCAAAGUUUCCCACCUGACAUUCUGGGGUAGACGCCAUGACAUCUACAUGCCUGUGUCAGACGUUAUGACUAUAGGGGACACAGGGGACUCUUCAUAUGAGACCAUACUGAAACUGAAGCGGUACAGCACUCCUCAGACUUUGUACUACUCCCCACGUUUUGGACAGGUGGUGGACAAACAGCGUUUUGAGAAGGUUUUUGGAUGUUCAAGUUGACAUUUUAUGUGUGAUAUGAUAAUGUUAGAUGAUGCAAAGACUGAAUUAUUAACAUUUCAAACCUCAGUCAGAGUAACCCAAAAAAUUAUGGAAGAGUGUGUUUUAGUACAGUUAAGUACAAUAUACUGUAAUUGACAAAGCUUUUGCAUUGGAUAACAUGAUACAAGUGAGUCCUUGAAUUAAUUUACAAUUUGGUUACAGUUGUUCUGAAGAAGAGUGUUUCUACAAUUUUCAGAUUCUCAUGCAUCUAAUAAUUGCAUAAAUACUGGAACAAGUUUCAAACACUUGUGACAUUAAACUUGUAUCACAAUA